UUAUAAAAUCUUCCGACUGGCAUAUACGUAUGCGAUACGAAAUAAAGGGGACAACGACAACUACCCCGCGCUAAGUGCCUAACCUAACGGUUACACGACGUAGCUAAUAAACCCCCUAUUCACGACCCAGGUCACACAAUGGCGCCCACCGUCCUCCUCAUCGGGACCCUCAGCCACACGAACGCAGAAUGGGAGGCCCUGCGCAGCAAGUACACGCUCCUUGAGUUCCGCACGGGGACGCGGGCGCAGUUCCUCGAGAACUGCCGGAACGGCACCUACGCCGCCGUGCGCGGGUGCUACCGCUCCAACGCCUCGAACCCUAUCACGGGGGCCUUCGACGCGGAACUCGUCUCCGCGCUCCCGCCGUCCUGGAGCUUCAUCGCGCACAAUGGCGCCGGGUACGACAACAUCGACGUGGAUGCGUGCAGCGCUCGCAGGAUCGCCGUCUCUUCUACCCCCGGCGCCGUCGACGACUCCACGGCCGACACCGCGGUGUUCUUGAUGCUGGGAGCCCUGCGCCAGGCCCACGAGCCGCUGGCUGCGCUGCGCGAGGGCCGGUGGAAGGGCGACGCGCGGCUGGGCCACGACCCUCGCGGAAAGGUUCUCGGGAUCCUGGGCAUGGGCGGGAUUGGGCGCGCGCUAGCCCACCGCGCCCGCAGCUUCGGCAUGCGCGUCAUCUACCACAACCGCCGGCAACUAGCCGACCCGGCGCUGGAGCAGGGCGCGCAGUACGUGUCCUUCGAGGAGCUGCUCGCGCAGGCCGAUGUGUUCUCGCUGAACCUCGCGCUGAACGCGAGCACGCGGCACAUCAUCGCCGCGCCGGAGCUGGCGAAGAUGAAGAAGGGGGUCGUGGUCGUGAACACGGCGCGCGGCGCGCUGAUCAACGAGGCGGAUCUGGUGGCGGCGCUGGAGGCGGGCCAGGUGGCGGCGGUGGGGCUCGAUGUUUUCGAGAAUGAGCCGGAGGUGCAUCCGGGGCUGGUGAGGAGCGAUCGCGCGUUCUUGCUGCCGCAUAUGGGGACGAGCACGUUCGAGACGCAGCGGGAUAUGGAGCUGCUCGCGUUGAGGAACUUGCAGACGGCGGUUGAUGAGGGGAAGAUGCUGACGUUGGUUAGGGAGCAGAAGGGCUUGGAGUGGGCGCCAAAGGAGGCGGUGGCGAAGGCGGAUUGGUAGGAUGCGGAGGAUAGAUGUAGGUAAAAUGACAUGGAAUUAAUAAAAAUAUGAUAUAUAGAAUAUGUGGUGAAUAUUUGUGUAUUCAUUCAUUCCCAUCCAUGUAAUGGAGAGUGGCAUUUCACCCACCACCACCGCCAAUACCAUUACCCUUAGGCGGACAGUAUAUAUACUUUAAUUAGAAC